AUGUAUGCUAAAUUAGAGUCUAGCGACUUAAAAGGAAAGAGUGGAAAUGGUUUAGAAAGGAUAGAGAAUGUCCAAGAUGUUAGAAAAUUCGGUCUUGAGUACUGCGAUUUGCCGAAAAUGAUGUGGAAUGUCGAAGUGUUAUUACGAACUUUAACUAUUAGAUCUAACAGAAGGUUCGAUAAACCAAUUCCCUGGAUAUAUUACGUAAUAAAUAUUUCCACUGGACUCUGCUAUUUUUACGUGUACAUGGUGUCGACGGCCUGGUUCGUUUUGGUGAUUUGCAGAGAAACUGGUGAUUUCAUUAGCGCUAUGGUAGCACUUUCACUCACGAUAACUGUCAAAUAGCAAGCAACAAUCGCUUGAGUUGCAUUAACGCUGAACGGUGUGAUUCACGUCAUGUUUCCAUUCCUAAGACCCGGAUGUCAUUUUUCUCAGGAUUUAUUAGUGCUAAAUGAAACUAUAGUAUACCUUGAAUCAGAAUUGCUAGCUCUGAGUAUGGAAUUGACUAAUAUCUGGCAAGAUAGUAAGAAAUUUUACCAAUAUUAUAUACUUCAGCACGAGUCUGGUGGCGAAUGUGAGGUGGGAAAUAUAUUUAUAAAUAAUCGUCUGGGAGAAAUUUUGAAGUUCCAAAUAGUGAAGUGA